GUUUGGAUUACCUUGGCACAUUUCCAUAAACACAUGGCACGACCCUGCAAUAGAAAAUUAAAAUGCUGUAGACGCAUUAUUUAGUGGAAUAAAUGCACAACUCGCUUUUGCAACGAUAAGACAACAAAGUUACAAGAACAGAUCAAAAUGGAUGCUUGGGAUCCAAAGACAGAAGACUUUGAAGACAAAAUUUUCAACUCCUACACAAAAGGCCCUGGAAGGAAUCUGAGUGUUAAAAAGAAUUAUGUGAAGGGUAGUGAAAGACAUGUUCAGCUGUAUGUUACAGGCAUUCCACAAGAACUUACAGAGGAGGGAUUGGAGAGUCUAUUUGGACGAGCUGGCAGUGUUGUUCGUGUUAAGAAGAUGAUGUCUAAAAGAGAAAAUUCCGGGGACACAUUUGGAUUUGUAACAAUGGGAAGCCUGAGUGAUGCUGAACGAGCUAUAGCACAGUACGAUGGGUUUAAGAUUAACAAAUUUUCAUUACGUGUGACUGUCUCAAUGUCUAAAGAGGAAUUAGAAAAGAAGAAACAAGAAAAGCAGGAUCUUGGCCUGAUGACAGCUAGAGGAUUUGACGAGGGAUCAAGUGACUCGGAUACUGUCCCCAUGUCAUCAAACAACAAGCCAAAUGUGAUAAAUGGUGUAGGAAAUGCAGGGGCUGCCUCAAGUGCCAUUGGAGCUGGGAGGGGGAAGAAACUUAGAGAAAUUACACAGGUAAGCCCAAUAGGAAAUGCAAAACAGCCAUCAGAGGGUCUGCCACAGGCCGGUAGCUAUCCUUCAAGACUCAACAAUCUUACAGUGCAAGUAGACAAGGCCGGGGGUCACACUGUGUCUCGAACUGAUGCAAUCUUAGAUUCAAUGAACAUGCAUACCCCCGUGGGUAGAGGAAAAUCUCUUGGCCGAGGAAAAGUGAAAGACUUUGAAUAUGAAAGAGAAGACUAUUUUCAACCUACAAGAGGGAGAGGGGGACGUGGGAGGGGUAAUCGCUCUAGAGGUCAAAGGGGUCGUGGCGGUUACUAUAGAGACUAUUAUGAUAAUUAUGAUGGAGGAUAUGGCGGGUACCAGCAACCGUAUAUGGGACGAGGAAUGGGUUUCCCAGGGUAUCCAAUGCCUGUUUACGUUGCAGAUCCUUACAUGGGGAUGAUGAACUCUUCACAUUUACUCCAGCCUGCCUAUAAUCAGAUGAUGAAUUCUACAUUGAUGAACGCCAGUAUGCAACAAGCAGCCCUGCCACAACAAACCCCGUUGCCACAACAAACGCCCCUGCCAAAACAAGGAGGAGGGGAGUCAAAGAUAUUAAGACAAGAAUGCUCGGUUUGUGGAAAGCUUGGUGGAUCACGCUGUAGUAAAUGUAAGAUACCAUACUGUAGUGCUGCGUGCCAAGAAAAAGACUGGGUCGAACAUCGUAAUGUGUGUCUCACCAUAAGCAAAGAAAAAGAAGCAAGUGAAGCAUUUUCAGAGUUUGAUGUCACUGUAGGAGAUGAAUUAAUACCGCAAGUGAAAAAACUGAUGGAGAAAGCUACAGGGGACAUUAUUGAGGUUACCAAAAAAUCUGACCAUAAUCAAAGAGCACAGUCUGAAUCUGAAAGGUCAAAAGGUCAAGGUAGAAGAGAGGAGAGGCGGGGUCAACAAAGCGACGAUGACAGAAGCUCUGAUAGAAGAAGAAAUGAUACAAGCAAUAACAAAAAUGAAGAAAGGAAGGGUGAAAGGUCAAGGGAUGAUGAUGGUAGCAGGAGGCGGGCGAGAUCAGGUGAUAAGAAAUCGGGACGAAACAACAAGGAUGACAGAGCAUGUUUUAAUUGUGGAGAAACAACUCAUAUGAGAAGUGACUGCCCAAAGCCAAAUUUCUGCAAAAAGAAUAAGAAAACAGAUGCAGAAUGUUUUAAUUGCCACCAAAAAGGGCACAUAUCUAAGGAUUGUCCUGCUAAACAAGAGAACCAGUCCAGGAAUAUGUCCAAUAAUAGAGUUGACAAUAAAAAACCGUCGCCAGGUCGAGCUGGUCAAACAAAAUUAGAUGACGAAGAAUGGGGUGAUGAACCAGUGGUUUCGAAGCCAGUGUCCUCCGGUCAGAAACAGUCACCGAAGCCUGUGGCGGAAUCUACCCCAAAGGUGUCGAAAAUAGCCACAAAGAAGAAAUCCAUACCGUCUCCACCUCCGAAAAAAUCUCUGAAAACUGCCAGCAUGCCCUUAGAUCAGGACAUAAUGGUUGUUAUUACAGCAAUAGAAGAUCCUGGUCACUUUUACCUACAGAUGGCCGUUGAUGAGACCCAGCAAUUUCAGGAUUUGAUGGCCAUUAUGCACCAGACAUUUGAAAACAGUCCAGCAGAUGUAAAUUCAGUAUUACAAGGUGAGAUCUAUGGAGCUAGGUUUAGUUUGGAUGGGUCUUGGAAUCGGGCACAAGUAGUGAAUGUAUCGGGGGACAGGAUCGUCGUUCAAUUCCUCGAUUUUGGCAACAAAGACACUGUAAAAUUUGAUGACCUGAGACAACUCACGAACGAAAUGAUGAUACUUCCUGCACAGGGAGUGUUGUGUGCACUAGAAGGUGUUGCACCAAAAGUAGGCAAAAGUUGGGAUAUUCCUGACCUCGGUAAAUACAUUACGCCAGAUAACCCAUAUCACGCAGAGUGUAAAAAAGUUAACGAUACACAUGCAGGAAAAGUCCAUGAGAUAAUGUUAAAGACUAUGAACGGAGAGAAUGUUGCUGACAAACUGAUAUCAGCUAAUCUAGUGACAUCUGGUGCAGCUCGUCAGCAAAUACCUGCAUCAAAUAAUGAAAGAUUGUUGUACGUGAAGGAUCUGCCCAAGUAUGUGGAAAGGUUGAGAGUAAAUGUAGAGUACCCAUUGAUGAUAGCUGAUGCGAAAACACCCACAGACUUCAGUAUACAGAUCCUAGAUGAGGAAAAUACACACCAAUUUACAGCAUUUAACAUAAAGUUUAAUGAGGAAUGUCAAAAAAUGUCAGAGACAGAGUAUAGGCCAAAGGCUGUAGGAGAAUUAGUAGCAGCUCAGUUUAGUCAAGAGAUAGGAUGGUAUAGAGCUGAAGUGUUAGAGCUAGUGUCUAAUGGAGCUAAAGUGGUAUAUAUCGACUACCUGAACUCUGAGACUGUCACAUUUAAUAUGAUGCGGAAAGCCCCGACAAUGUGUGCGGCUUUCCCCAUUCAGGGCAUCCCCAGCUGCAUGUUUGACGUCCCGGAACCUGAAGACGGGAAAUGGCCGAAGGAGAUUUUUGCCUUGUAUGAACAUUUGUCCCAGAGUGCGUUGAGAGGAACUGUGAAAGAAAUCAAGAACGACACUUUAACUAUGGAACUAAAAGAGCUAUCUGGAGAACUUGUGAAUGAAAAGAUUAAAAGUAUUUUAAAGAGGGCUACAAAUAAGCCUAAGGUGGCUGCCACAAAUAACAUUAAACCAGGUGAGCUACCACUUGAUGGAAGUAAAGUGUUAGCAGUUGUUACCAAUGUGUCAGCCAUUGACAGUGUAUAUGUUCAAGAGAUAGACGCCAAUUUGGAGAAAAAACGAAAUGAAAUGAUGUUAGAAUUGAAUCAGUCAUUGAGUGCUGAGAGUAGAGAACCUUAUGAACCGGAGGAAAAUGAAUAUGUGGCAGCUGUUUAUGUUAUAGAUGGUACGACAUUAUGGUAUAGGGCUUUAGUUAAAGUCAAGGUCUCGGAAACCAACUUCAUGGUUCUAUUUGUUGACUAUGGUAAUGAGGAAUGUGUUUCAUCUAAAGCUAUUGCCCCAUUAGAACCUAGACUCAUGGCAUUGCCGGCGAUGGCCAUCCGUUGUCAGCUUGCCGGAAGUGAAGAUAUUAUUGAUGAACAAACUUUGACAAAUCUCAAAAGCUUGACUGAUAACAGGAUGUAUGUUAAAGCGGUGGACUUUGUGAAAGGUUUAUACAAGGUUGAAAUGAUUCUCGAAGAUGGGACAAAUGUGAAUGAGGCAUUUGAAUUUACAACAAGAAAAGGGGCCACACCAAGCAAACAGGCCACAUCAAGUAAACAAGUCACACCAAGUAAAGAGACCUCACCGAUGAUGACCAAACCUAAACCCAAAGUGGCUGAAACGAGUAAGAUUAAUAUUGCCGAAACUGCAUUAUCCGUUGAUGGAACAAAAUUCCUUGGAAAGGUGGUUUUGAUAGAUAACAUGGCAAGUUUUUACAUUCAUCCAGUUGAUGAAGAAAUUGAUGCAAAAUUAAUGGAAUGUUUGAAAGCAAUGCAGCUUCACUAUAGGGAUAAUGAGCACGUAUAUACCGGGAAGGUUGGCGAAUUUGUGGCGGCUUUAUUCGAUGAUGGGUCAGGUGCAGUUUGGUAUCGCGCUAAAAUUCUCGAUGAAGUUGUCAAUGCCGUAAUGGUCUCUAUUGUGGAUUAUGGGAAUGUAGGGUCUGUGGCGAGGGAAUGUAUUCGUCAGUUAAAACAGGAAUUUUCUGAACUGCCGGCAGUCGCAAUAAGAUGCAACUUGAAUGGAAGCACAGGGAAAGAAACGAAAGAAACUGUCCAAGAUUUCCAAGCAGUGCAGACAACAAAUGUUAAUGUGAAAGCUAUUCAGAAAAAAGGAGACACUUAUAUAGUGGAUUUGUAUCUUCUUGAUGCUUUAGAGACAUCUGUUGCAGAACUUCUUAAUAUAAAGGAAGAACAACCUUCCAAGAUUCCAGAGGCAGAGCUUAGUCAAGUUGCAAAUAAAGCAUCACUGUCACCCGUAUCAAAUAUGCAUACAAAAUUACCAGUUUCCUCGGGAGGUGGAAGUUCAUCACCACUUUCAGACUCAAUGUUACCUCUUGGAGUAGAUGUGCACGCAGUUACUUACGUGAUAGAAAGUUUAAGGUCUUUCUAUGUCCAAAAAGCUGACGAUGAGACACAGAAAGAUUUAGCUACGAUGAUGGUAGAACUUGCCGAAACCUGUCAGACAAAUACUCGUGAGCACAGGGCAUCUGCGGGAGAGAUUGUUGCCGCCUUGUUUGAGGAUGGUGGGGAUGCUAAUUGGUACCGAGGCCAAGUGAUAGAACUAGUAGAUAGUAAACAGUGCCGAGUGAUGUUUGUCGAUUAUGGAAAUACAGAAAAUGUCCUCUUCUCUGACAUCAGAAGACUAGAUUCAAGGUUCUUGCAGCUUCCAAAGAUGGCAAUACAUUGUGCGCUGGCAGGGGUAACGAGUGAAACUGAGGGCAUGAUGCAGAAAUUCAGGACUAUUUCCAAUGUUCCAAUGACCUUGCGGGCAAGAUCGGAACAGAAUGGAGUGUUUGAAGUUGAAGUUAUAACUUCAGACAAUGUUAACAUGAACAGAGAACUGGGUUUGAUGGUCAAUGCAAGAGCUUCCCUGUCACCAAGCACAGAAAUUGUGGACCAUCUACCCAAGGCAAUCUCGCCAGGAGUAGAUAGACUUCCGAAAAAAGUGUCGUCACCUCCGAAGGGUGAAAGGAAAGCAGUGUUUACUCAGACGUUAGCAAAGAGUCGUCCAACUGAGAAAGAUUUUAUAGCAGUUAUUACGUCAGUUGUACGACCGAAUCUGUUCCAUUGUCAAGUCUAUCUAGAAGGAGAACAAUCUCUGCUCCAAGAUCUGCAGUAUCUCAGUGAGACGAUGCAACUGGAAUGUGAAGCUGAAUGUGACAAUAUAAACUCCCUGAAAUUUGAAGUAGGAGAACUUUGCUGUGCCAAAUAUCCAGUUGAUAAUAACUGGUACCGAGCUUCAGUGUUAGAGAUAUUCCCAGACAACACUGUUAAAGUAGAGUAUGUAGACUUUGGGAACCAGACCGAGGUAUCAACAUCUCAUCUCAGACCAGUCACCGAGGACUACACCAGACUACCCUUGUUGGCAUUCAAGUGCACCUUACAUGGUGUAAGACCCGCAGGAAGCAAUUGGACAAAACAGGUGGCUGAAGAGAUGAGAAAAUUCCAGGACAAACAACUUGUUGCCAAGGUGAUCAGUGUAAACAAGGAUGAAUAUGAAUUAGACUUGACAGAUAAAGACACAAAUGUGAACAUGGCAGAUUAUCUUAUUGCUACUGGUAUGGCCACAGAAGAAAAUAAUGAAAAUGAAGGUAUAAGUGAGAUGGAGAGAUUGAGACGGGAGAAGGAACUGUUGCAGCGUCAGCUGGAGGACAUGCAUGCCAAGAUGGCCGCUAUACAGAAAGCCGAGAAAUAAACUUGCCUUACAUCAUUCUGAAAAACUUCUAUGAUGAAUUCAUAGUGUAUUCAUAUAAUUGUGCUUGAAAAUUUGAUAAAAAAAAAAAAUUAUUUUGGGGUUAAAUUUGAUAAGCACUUGCACAAUAUGGUUUCUGUGGUCAGUGAUCUGAUGAGAAAAGAUUCUAGUUAACAAAAUUAUGGUAUACCUUUGAAAAUGGUGAAAACUUUUGUAAAAGAUGCCCAUAUGUUGUUUAAUACUUUGGUUUUGUUGUUGUUCUAUACAGUUCAUGCAUUGAAUAUCCUUCCAAAAAUUGAAUAGCUUUGUUAAAAAUAUUUAUUUUUUUGUAAAUGAUUAUGUUUUAUGUUGCAUAGAACUUAAGUUUUAUAAUCUCAAAUGAUUGUUAUUAGCCCUGCCUAAUUAAAAUGGAAGAAAUAGUUUUGACAUUGUCCGUCUGGAUCCACAAAUUGGUAACUGUUUGAAUUGUUUAUAAAAAUUUUUGCAUGUUAUCAGCCACUAUAAGGGAAUAUGUCUUUGAAUGAUUUUUCCACUUUGCUCGGUAUUUUCAGAGUUAUGUCCAAUGAUUUGAAGAAAAUUGAAAAAUAAUGUCUCGCAGAGCAAUGGAGAAACUAUUUGGACUUUUUAUUAGGAUAAAAUAGGUACAUGUGCCAAACUUAGGAUAAAAUUUUCUGGAAACUUUUAAUCUCAUUUGUAUUCAACAGUUAUUACCCCUAUUCAGUCUAUUCAUUCUUAAAAAUAAAUGAAGGAAUUCUUAAAACUAAAGAUAUGAAUGUAUCAAGAUUGAUUUCAGGCAUUUAUGAAAUAUUUUUUCAAGGUUUAUUUGAGCCGCAUCACGACAAAACCAACAUAGUGAGUUUGCGACCAGCAUGGAUCCAGACCAGCCUGCGCAUCCGCGCAGUCUGAUCAGCAUCCAUGCUGUUCGCUUACCAACCCUAUCACAAGUAGAGAAACUGAUAUCGAACAGCAUGGAUCCUGAUCAGACUGCGUGGAUGCGCAGGCUGGUCUGGAUCCAUGCUAGUUGAAACCCAUUAUGUUGGUUUUGUCGUGACGCGGCAUAUUUGGCUUUUGAGGCAAGGAGGUUAUCAAUUUAUUGAAAAACAUUUUGUAAUUUUCAGUAAUUCUUUUUAUGUUUUGUCAAAUUAUUUAUAAUUGCUUGUUUAUUUUACUUGGAAAAUGAAUAUGAUUUCUUGUAAAAAUUAAGUUUUGAAUGAAAUGAGCUUUGAUUUUUAGCUUGACUAUUCGAUGAAUAGGGAGAGCUCUUGUAUUAACACAGUUGUUGCCAUCACCGUCACACUCUGAUUAAGUUUGAAUACAAGUUGAUAGAAGGGAAUGGGUUGAAACUUUAAAGUGAUUAUCUAACAUGAGCACUGGUUCCAAAACUCUGAAUUACCUUUACACAGAGUUAGGUCCCUUUUCUUACUGUCAAGCUCUAAGAAUUGUCGAGCAUGCUGUCUUACUGACAGCUCUUGUUCAAAAAUAAGAAUAACUUGAAAUUUUAAAAUGAAGUUGUAAUACACAUCUUGUAAAGUUGCUUUUUAUCUGGCAUUGAAAAUAACUUACUAUUUGAAAUAUUUUGUAUAUCAAAUGUUCUAUACAUAUGAUAGUAUAUACUUUCUUUUGAACAUUUUUUCCCCCUCCUUUUCGAAGAAAGAAGGGGGAUAUAGAAAUAGGCUCCGUUUGUCAGUCUGUUCGUCUGUCUGUUACACUUUUGUGUACGGUCCAUAACCUUGUCAUUUAUCAAAGGGAUUUGAAAUAACUUUGCACAAAUGUUUGUUAUAGUAAGAUGAUGUGUCAUGAGCAACAUUGUCUAUUUGAGGGUAUAUGUCAUUCCGGUCCAUUCUUAUCUUUAAAUAUUCUGUUUAGGCAUAAUAAGCCUGUGUUACGCAACUGUUAGAUGCCUUGGGACUAAAAGUCCUGAUCUGUAACUCAGUCUGUUGAAAUAGCACAAUUUUAUGCUUCAUAUAAUACUUCCCUAAGGCGGGGGACGUUGGUAACUCUGUUACAAAUUCUUCUAUGAUUUUGAUCUCCACUCUGAAAAUUGUGGGGCUGCUUUACUUUACCAGGCAAGUGCUAAGUUUGAAACUUAAUAGCAGAUCCUAAAUCUCAUCAAGUACUGAUGAUACUCACUUGUAACACCAUAUAUUUCUGUGGAUCACAAGCCAAAAACCCAUACCUCUUUUCAACACACCUGAAUAUGAAAAAAAUAGAGCUACAUAAAUUUAAUCUGAUAAGCUGGGAGCUUUAUAAAAAUAAAAAACCAACAAAAAGUCAAUAAACAUUGGCAGGUAUCUAUAUUAGUAUAAAAUAUACACAUGAAAUACUUUGCGAUGUUCUUUUCUAUCUUACUGUUUAAGAACAGAAAAAGAUAAGACAUAGCAUUAUGUACAAAUCAUUUGAUUGGAUGUCCGUAAAGGGGGAGGGGCGGGGCAGCAUCAUGCAAGUGGUUUCAAGUUAACAGUAAAUAUGUUGACAAUAAUAAAAAACAAUGAUUAAUUAUAUAAAAAUUGUAUUUAGUACUGAACAUGUAACUGUACUUUGUAUGUAACUGUACAUUGUACAUUUUUUUUAUGUCUUUUUUUUUUUCAUAUGAACAGUUAGGCCUAGCUGUAAUGUGUACGAACAUCUAUUAUUUUCUAAUUUGCUGCUGUCCUAGGAAGGGUGUAAAUAGUGUACAUUCUUGUUAUCUUUGACACUUCGGUGCCUCGUUGAUUUCUGUUUUUGUCUUACUUAAUACAAGUGAAGAGAUACUGUGUAUUUCUUGCCAAUUUCUUUUUAUGAUUUAUCAAAGUUGGUGUGUCAAGUUGGACGCAUAAAAGUUUGCUGAGCCAGUGUUUGGUUGGCGUAUUACUAGUCGAACAAAUUUCCAUCAUCUAACAAAGUUAGUGUUAAAUGUUGGAGCCAAAAAGACUAAACUUUGUUGUUUUGAAAGUUUUUUUCCCCAUAUUUUUGUUCUUGUUGCUGUGUAGACAGCUUUUGAGCUUCAGGGAGAAGCGUUCUUUGUAAAAGUUGAUCUGUAUUUUUUUUUUAUUUCUCCAAAUUACCUUACAGUAUAAGGUCAUGUACAGAUAUGUUUGUAGUGAUUUUGCUGGGUUUUUUUUUUAGUUGUAUUCUUUCAUUUACUUACUUGAUAGUAAAUUGUACAUUUUAAUGGGGAGUGCUUUUCUUUACUCCCAACAUACACAUAUUUGUUAGAAACCAUCUUUUGUUAAAUUGAUUUGUUGUGCAACUGAUUGUUUUGAGUAAACAAUAAUAAAGAUACCUUAAUAAAAGGAAGAUUAUAUACUAAAGGGAAGAUGGCCCCAUAUUUUAGUUUAGUGGCAGUCAUAGCCAAUAUUAUGCUUUGAUCACCAAUAAUCAAAGAUUUUGAUAAAAAAAAAAGAAGUAACUAAUUUCUUCUGUUAGUGUGGAACAUGAGUUGACUACACUUGUCAUUUUAUAUAACGCUUUGCUAUGAACUAUAUGUUUGUGUCAAAUAGAAGAAAUAUUCCAAUGCUAGCUAGCAUUCACAUUUGUUGUAUUCAUCAAGAACAAAUCUCUCGUGCUAAGUCUGUAACCCUUGUUGUGUUACUAGAAUGAUUGUUAAGCUAACAGUCCAAUGAAUUCUCUAACCAUGAUGAGUCAUGGUUUUGCUAUACAUACUAACAAAAAACAUCAAAAUAUUUCUACUAGAUAAGAAUUAAAACAUACAGUAUAAGAAUUAACGGCACACAUACUUUAUCACAUGUUGCAGACAACACUUAACCAGUGACACCAGACAAUGCACUGGUACUUAUACAAUGAGUGUUUUUACUUUAUAAUGUUCAUCAUUAAAAUCAGAAAAGUUUUAAAAGCAACUAGAUGAAAUAAGCAACAAAUAUAACUUAUAUAAGAUUACUGAAGUAACCACAAUUUUAUUCCCAUAUGUCAAAGGUCACAGUGGAAAUUAUUGUGCAAGGCUGUAUGGAUAUAUAUCUUCACAUUUGGAAGAACUUCUUUUUAACACAUGAUUCAAAUUAUGUAGUGAGCAUUUUCACACACUGAAGAGUGUAGUGUUUAUUUCUAAUACUGAAGCUCACAUUUUGGCAUAAAGGUUUAAACACAUUUUGGCAUUAAGGUCAAACUGGUUAACUUUUGAUUCACAACUGAACUCCAAAAAAAUGGGGUUUAAGAUUACUCACUAAAAAGAAGACUGUAACUUGAUGUUUAGAUAUUUAUAUUAAGGAGUAUCUUGCAUUAAUAUCCUUAGAGCUAUAGCUGUGCAUAGAAUUUGUCAAAUAGAAGAAAAUUUCCACAAACUAUAUGAUGAAUUGGGAUGAUUUGAUUUGUUGUAGAUCAUGCUUGAAAAAUUCAAAGUUCUGUCACUAGUUGAAUGGUGAAAGGUCAUUUGAGCCGCGUCACGACAAAACCAACAUAAUGGGUUUGCGACCAGCAUGGAUCCAGACCAGCCUGCGCAAUCGUGCAGUCUGAUCAGGAUCCAUGCUGUUCGCUAUCAGUUUCUCUACUUGUUAUAGAGUUUGUAAGCAAACAGCAUGGAUCCUGAUCAGACUGCGUGGAUGCACAGGCUGGUCUGGAUCCAUGCUGGUCGCAAACGCAUUAUGUUGGUUUUGUCGUGACGCGGCUCAUUUCUCUUUGACCUAAUUCUUCAAUCAUCACUGAGGCAGAAUGGUUUGCAGUAAUUCAUACAUGUGAAAUGCAAAGCAGCUUUAAUGCUUUUAAUCUACUGAAAUAUACCCUCGUAAACUCCACUAAUCACAAAAUGUAUUCAGUUUAUGCAUCGAUAUAAUAAGCUAAAGAUAUAAGAAAAGUAAAAUAAUUUGAGCACAUUUAAGCUUACCUUGGGCACAAUGUGUGGCUAUGGUAAGCAUUUUUGGAUUGUUGGUUGUCCGUAAUUUAUACGUAUUUUUGUUAUUGAGCUUCCAUACAAGUCACUAGACAUAGAUCAAUUAUAUAGACGUGUAUAUCAACCUAAACAUAAUAUAGCAAAAACUUACUAUUGAAUGAUCAUUCACGAUAUUGUAUAAAUACCCUCAAGACUGUGGAUUCAAUUCUUUGGGUUUUUUCAUGUGAGGAAGCUAUCCAGCUAGCUUAUGGAAUGUCACUUGUUCUACUCAAGUAUCUGUUUGUUAGUGAACUAAUCCACACAAGGGCACCUGAGGUCUUCCUCCACCAGUAAACCUGGAAAGUCGCCAUAUGACCUGAACUGUGUCGGUGCGACGUAAAACCGAACCAAAAUAAAAGUAUUAAUAGAUUUAGAUUAAUAGAUUUAGAAAUACCUCAGGCCUCAGCUGUCUUCAUAAAAGUUAAUGGAAAUUCUUUUUUUAUGGAACACUUGUCUGAAAUUCGAACCUUUAAACUUGGAAUUUGAUUGUCAAAUGGAAUGGUUUAAAAAAAAAAAAAAGAAGAUUUUAUAAUUUUGGCCUGACACAGAUAUUGAUGUUAAUUGAAAUAAGAGAAGACCAUAAAGCCAGAACUCAUGUGAGCAAAUAUUAGCCACCCUGGCUUUCUUAUACAUGUAUACAUAUAUUAAGAUUUAUAGUAUGAACAUAUUCUACACUUAAACUUGUGUUAAAAGAUCACCUCUCAAUAAAGAUCUUGCCACACAUUCCCAACUCUUCCUAUUAUAUAGAUUAGAACAGUAAUUUCCAAAUAAAGAUCACUUCUCUAUAAAGGUCAUGUUUGGUUGCUCAUUUGGAAGGCCUUUGUAUACAGGUUUGACUAUAUUUAGCUUUUUCUGUGUAAAAGAAAAACAACACAAUAUUUCAAGUUGAAAUAAACGAUUAUAUUUGUU